AUGGCUCUGAUGCUUCGAUUUCCAGUUAUCAGAAGAGUAUUAGGAAAUUACCGUUUUUAUUCCAAGUCUAAUGGUGGUUUUGUUGAUAAGAAGUUUAGGUAUGAGGUUGAUAAUAGUAUAAUCAAUAAGUCAUUCGGAAAUGAUAGCAAAGAUAGCUCCAAAUAUAAAGAUUCGAAUCAAUUUGGGUUUCUAAUAGAUCAAGAUAAUAAGGGUAGGAAUGGUUCUUUAGUUAUUGAGAGGGAAGAUGUAAUUAAUGAUAAUAUACAAUCAAUUUAUAGGGAUGAUUCAGGCGAAUUGAAAACUGGCGACAAUGCUACUGAAUCAAGAUUAUUAGAAAAUACAUUAGAAGGUAGGGCUUUUAGAGAUCAGAUUAGGAUGAAUCCUUUAGUAGAAAAAGCUAUCAACAAGAAUAUUCUUUCUUUGCAUAUCCCAAAUAAUUUAAGAAGGUCAGCUGCCAAUUAUUUUAUUGAAUUACACCAAACAAAUUUGCAUAGACCAACAGAUACUCCCAUGGAAGUAGAUGCUCACAUAGCAUCUAUUUUUGUUCAAAAUUACUGUUCAAUCUAUCAAUCUCUUAAAGAACUACAAAAAAGAAUCGGUAUAGACAAAUUCAACCCUCAGAGGGUUCUUGAUGUAGGCUUUGGUCCGGCGACAGGUAUAGUUGCUUUAAAUGACAUAUUAGGACAAGAUUAUAGGCCACAGGUUAAAGAUGCUGUCAUACUAGGUAAUAUUGAAAUGCAAAAAAGGGCUAAGAUUAUAUUAAGUAGACAAUACAAUGAGAUUCCCCUAAAUGAGUAUAGGAAUGAAAUCAAAAAUGAAGAAGAAGAGGAUGAUAUUACUGAAGGAAAAGAUCUUGUUGGGGAGGUGAUGACAAAGAAGAUUAAAAUUGUGACAAAAUUGAAGAAUAAAAUACCAGCAUCAAAGCAAUAUGAUUUGAUAAUACUAACUCAUCAAUUGUUGAAAAACAAAGAAUUUUUCCCAAUACAAAUCGAUGAAAAUAUAGAACAUUAUUUGAAUAUGCUUGCUCCAGGAGGUCAUUUAGUUAUGAUUGAACGUGGUAAUCCACUUGGGUUUGAAACUAUUGCAAGAGCAAGACAGGUGAUGAUAAGACCUGAGAACUUUCCAGAUGAACACGGUAAAAUCCCAAGACCUUGGUUAAGAGGGUCCAGUGAGAAGAAGAAUAACAAGACUAAUAGAGAUAUAAUCAUUGAAGAUGAUGUAGAAGAUGAGGAAUUACAAUUUGAACCUGAAGUUUUGAGAGCUAUUCAAAAUAUGAACCAAAAAGAUGAACCCAAGGAUGUGGAUUACCACAUAAAGAUCAUUGCACCAUGUUCCCAUCAUAGAAAAUGUCCUUUGCAAGUAGGUAAACCUAAUUAUUACAACUAUCCAGAAUACAAAAAUUUAAAAUUCUGUAAUUCCCAAAAGGCUAUCAUCAGACCUAAAUUUAGCAUUGAGUUAAAGAGAGGUAAAAUAUUGGCGGCACCAUGGCAGGAACCUACAGAUGGUAUUGGUAUCAAGGGUGAAGGUAGACCAGGUAAAGGUAGACCUAAUGGACGUAAUUUUGAAGUUGCAAAUUAUUCAUAUUUGAUUGCAGAAAGAAGUCCGAAUGAUCCAGAAAGUAUUAAAGAGAUCGAGGAAUUAAGGGAAAAAUCAAAGGAUAUAAGAUAUCAUAUAGGUACUCUAGGGACCAAAGAGACAUGGCCUAGAAUCAUUGUAGCUCCACGUAAGAACAAAGGACAUGUAGUAUUGAAUAUGUGUGCAGGAUCAGGUGAGAUUGAGAAAUGGAUUAUACCUAAAUCCUUUUCCAAAGAGAUAUACCAUGAUGCUAGAAAGAGUAUGAAAGGUGAUUUAUGGGGUGUUGAAGCAAAGACGAAGAUUAAAGGUAUGGGAGAUUUAAGAGUUAAUAAACUUGAAGAAUUUGAAAAGAAGAGAAUUAAGGAUUUGAAGAGAUCGACUAGUCAUGAAAGAACCAAGAUUGAAGAGAUGUAUCAAGAUAUAGUUGACCGCGAAGGUAUGGUUGAGAAUGAUGAAGAAAUGAUCCAGAAGUUAAGUAAAAUCCAUGGACAUGAUUAUCAAAUCAAAUCAAAGAGGAAAUGA